AUGGCAAGAACCGAGGCUCCAACAUUGAGGCAACUGACAACUCACUUACAAAAUGAGUUGGAGGCGCGAAAUGUUGUUAAACUACAUCAAGUUAUUAUGAAAUUGAAAAGAGUAAGUAGGCAUUCGAAAGAUAUGGCUAAUUUUUUAACUUAUGGCUGAUUUUGUGGAUUUUAGGUAUAAAAUUAAAUUUUUUGUUAAUUUUUGGGAAAAGUGUCUAAUUUUAUUUAAUUUAUGCUAUGUAGAAAUUGAUUUGAUAAAUUAUAAUACGGUGUAUGUUUAGAGGUGUGCGUCAAAGCAUGCGGUGAUGGAGUUAUUCAUGGAUGAUAUGAACUGUUAUCAUUGGCUUCUGACAGCGAUGGAUUUGCUUAUGGGUGGAGAAUGGGAUCUUCAGGACAAUGCUUUAGGCACUGUCAUGUUUAAGGAGCUGCUCAGUUUGAUUGCCAAUUUGUGUCAUUUUACCAUCACUGCUGCUACUGAAGUAAGUUUGAACAGUUAUAUGAACACGAUAUGGAUUUACUUGAUUUAAUUUCUUUAAGUCAAAAGGUAUUUAGGUAAAUUACUUUUAACGUUUAUUUUUAGCUUCGAAAGUUGAAUGCUACAAUUUUCCCUUCAAAUUCCCUUCGACUUCUUGAAUCAGGUCUAGGCUUUCAAAACGAUACGAUAAUAAAGGCAGCAUUGCUUCGUCUGCUUGGCAAUCUAGCCGACUACAAAGAAACUGCUAGCUUAGUAACAUGUUGUUCAUCCCUUCUUGAUAAAGUGGCUUUCAUGAUCAACGACAGCGACAAACUCAUAUAUGAUGCAGCAAUACGGGUGGUACGACAACUUUCAAAACAUCGUAACUAUACGAAAUUUGUCAUGAUGGCUAACUGCGGGUACUUUAUGGGUGUUAGGAUUAAUGAUAAGGUAUUGGAAGUGGUCAAUGAUACCACAUUACUAGGUGCUAUGGAGUUGAUGAGCAAAACGGGUUAUGCCAAAGACUUUGGUAGACAAGUGUCUCAAAGGUAUGAUUUCUUUUUUCGAAGGUGAUAUUUUAGAUUUAAAAUGGUUUUUUAAAUGUUUUUAAUGUAUAUAAGAAAAUAUAUUUUUUAAUGAUAAAAACAGGUUUACUAUCAUUAUAUUGUGUUAUCUAUUUCAGUAACUGCACUGAUGCUCUUCUCAAGCUAUUAUAUUGCCAAGAAGCAGAAGAUCAAGAACUUUUGAAGAGGUGGAAAUUGUUGAUUGUUCACCUAACUAAAGUUUCAUUUCCAUUGAGGGAAAUGUUUAACAAGAAAGUUAUUGAACAAGUGGUUGAGAAUGGUCAAAUUGAUUGCUACUUGUGCAAUUUUUUGAUUUGUUUUGCUGAAGUAGGUUGAUCGAAUUACAUUUUUUCUUGUGAUUUUUUUAAAUUUAAAAUUUUUUAAUUUAAAAAGAAUUCGAAUGUAAAAAUUCAAAUUUUUCAGGACGCCUACGGCCGCUCGACUCUCCGAACUAGUGGUGGUUUAAUUUUGAUUCUAGAAAGAAUGGCAGCGACUAAAAGCCUAAACGAACAAGCCGAAAUUGUAACUAGCUUUAGGAAUUUUAUUCAUGACGCACCCGGUUUAUCAAUGAUCUGUCACAGAAGCCAACUACUGGAUUUGUGCCUAAAUUUAAUGGGUCAAGUUUUAAAAGAAAAGAAAAUUGAACAUAGAGCAGACAACGAACCAGAAGAUCAACUGGAAGCUGCGGUUCGAGGCGAACUGGACAGCCGGCUGUUCAGCUAUGAGCCUCCAGUUGUAAGUUAUGAGGAGAGAUACUGUAUUUUGGCUAUAUUUUGAGGAAAUUUAGUUUUUUUCUGUAGAUCUACUAAAACAUUUUUAUUAAAGUUUUGAAUGUGCUAUGGACGUUCAGACGAAAUAAUCAAGUUUUUUUUUCAGAAACGCGCGUUCAUUCUUUCAAACUACCGUAACAGCUCGUAUUCGCCACCACAAACUUACAGUCCAUCUAUAUCACCCAGAUAUCCAACUAGUCCAUUAUCAGCUGGAUCUUCGUCACUCAGUCCGUUAUCAUCGCCGCCAUACUGUAGCCGCGAACAUAGUCCAAGUCCGGCCGGUUCGUACUUUGGCUAUGGCAGCGGUGCCGAAGAUUUACUGCCUAAAGAACAAGACAAACGGAUUACUGUAGGUUUUAUGGGUUGAUUUUUAUAAGUUUGCUGGUUAUGGUCAUUUUUAAAAUGAAAGGUAACACUUAAUUUUUAAUAAUUUUUAUAAAGGGUUUUUGAAAUUUUAGAUAAUAAACGACUGUAUAUGGUUAUACCGCUUCAUUUCUCACGACGAUACUCAAAUUGUCUGCCUAGUGCAGCCUAAAAUACUAUCCGGGUUUAUAAGUUAUUUGGCCAAGUAUCCAUCAAUCAAUGACAAACUAGCUCAUACUUUGAAAGGAGUGGCACGAGCUCGUCUCCAGAUCACCAGCUUACUGGAGAUGCGUUUUCCUUACAUGUUAAUAUUCGAAUUGAUCAAACGACCUUGCAUGACGAAAAGAUUUGUACAGACGUGCUCGGAUUGUGCUGAAAAGGCACGUUCUGGUAGGUAAAUUUAGUUGUGAAGAAGCUUUGGUUUAGCUUAGAAUUGUGGUUAGGCUCACGUAACGGUAGGCUUAUGUGUUUUUAGGAUUAGAAUUACCGAAUUUUAGAGUUUUUUAUGGUUAGGCUUAUACGUCUGUAAGUUUCUAUGUUUUAAUUUUAUAGGCUUUGAAAUCCUGAACGAUUUUGUGGGAGAAGUGGACUCUCCGUUUGGCCUAGGUGUACUGAACAGUCAGAUCAAUUCAUUGGAGAAAGAAAAUCACCUCUACGGACUUUUGAAUGGUCUUUUAUUGAUCAAAAGUCCCAGCCGAAGGAAUCGAUUUUGUGAGCGAUCAAAGCCAUUGGAAGGUAUUUUUGAGUACAUUAAGGACGUACUCGAAAAUUGCUCUGAAGUACGUUAAUAUUUUUAAAAAUUUAUUUGUAAGCGUUUUAAUAAAGUUUAUUAAUUAAAUUUUUUAGGCCGAACUGGAACAAAACCAACUAAUUAAGGACAUGAUGGCCGUGUUGGGAUUUCUAAUUGCAAGAAGAUAUUUGCAUAAAAUCGUCCGGAAAGUAGAAGGAACACAUGACCACCGAGUCGACUGUCAGUUUCAAGAAGCCGAAGCUGAUGAACCUCAGGUUAUUUUUGAAACACAAGAUGGAAGAACACUAUUGAAGGUCAAAGCAGAUUGUUUAAAAAGCACUAGAGGCUAUUUUCAGGUAUUGUUUAGUUUUUAACGGGUUUUUAGAUUUAAAUUUUAUUUUUAGGUAAUAUUUUGGUUUUUAGGGGUUUAUUUUUAAGAGGUAUUUUAAUUUUUAGUAGUAAUGUCUUUUUUCAGGGCUUGGUAGAUUUUACUUUUGUUGAUGAGUCGACAAAAUCUAUGAAUUUUAAGGUGAAUUUGGAUGAAUAUGAUGAAAAAGAGUUUUUAAUUUUCAUCCAUUACCUAACGGGAUGUCGGGAUUCAGAAUGUGUACAAAUUAGUGACGCUAAGACUUGUGUCAGUUUGUUAUAUGUAAGUUUUUUAAAUAUCAUGACCGAGUACCUGAUGGUUGGAGUUGAUUUUGUAAAGAAGGUUCUUGCGGUUUUUAAAAUUUUUUUUGUAAAGAAAGUUCUUGCGGUUUUCAAAAAUAUACUAUAAAUUUUAAUAUCUAUCUUCAGAUGGCCGACAAGUACCUGUGCACCGAACUCUCCGAAGAAAUCCUCCGUGCAAACGGCGUUGCACGACGAAAAAUUGACGGUGAUAAUCUCCUCUUCUUCUUACCAGUCAUAUUGUCAUCAUGGCUUUAUCGUGACAGAUUUGGCGACAUUGUCUCAUUGGUAUUCCUCAAGUUUUCGACAACAGAACAGCAGGUCGAUUCCAUGAAGGCCUUGGUCGGGAAUGCAGUAUGCGUUCAAUUGUUCGUAGAACUGCUACAGAGUUUUGUCCUGAAAGUUGCGGAAUCGACAAAGAGUUGUGUUUCAUGGGACUUUUAG